AAAGGCGCUGCAUCAUUUCCUUAUGCUAAAUAGUGUCGAGAUUGAACCAUUCAUUGAGAAAUAUGUCGAUUCAUUACGUGACUCAAAUCCUGACAUUACUGAUGAGGCUUUACUUCUGCAAAUGGAAUAAAGUUUUGCAUCAUGGUUUGAAAAACAUGCUUGGGAAAUUGUUGAUACACCGCAAGUUAUUCGUGAUGUAUCAAGGGGACCUCUACCCGUCGUCAGCACAUACCCAAUUUGUUAUGUCAAUGGUUAUCGCUUUCACACUAAGACUCACGGUGCCAAACGUGCCACGUUUAACAGCGCAUUGUGUUGUAUUCAAAUGCAAGUGGUAUGAUCCACGACCCAGAGUUGGAACUAGAGUGCACGACAAAUAUGACUUGGUUGAGGUUUUAAAAAGUGAGAUAUUCCGCAAAUAUGAACCAUUCAUCCUUGCAACACAAGCUAAGCAGGUGGCCUACGUAGAGUAUCCUGGAGUAGCUAGUAGGGCAAAAGGAGAAUGGUUAGCUGUUUGUGGUGUAAAACCACGUGGCAGGGUUGAAACCACAUCUGAUACACAAAAGCUCAAGAGUACUGACAAUUUUGCGUACCAAGAAGAUGCAAGAGUGGUAGUCGAAAUUGUUGAAGUUGAACCGCACGAGGAAGCUCCACUACUUGCAGAAUUUCCACAAUUGAUUGAUCUCGAUGAUAGUGAGGACGAAGAAAGUGAUGAUGUUGAGAUAUUAAUUACUACUGAUGAGAGCUCUAGCGAAAAUAUCAAGCGGCACAUCGGCCAGCGCAUCUGCGAGUGCAUCAAGCAGCGCAUCAGCGCAUCAGCAAGGGCAUCGGCGAGGGCAUCAGGUACUGCCACUGUCAGAGUGCCUACUGGGCAUCACAGCACGAAUGUCACUAGCACCUCUUCCGGAGGGUUUACACGUUCCACUGAUGAGUCCAGGAUGCACGAUGAUGAGAGCAUGGACUCAGACGAGUCGAUAGAGCACGAGCAUGGCGAUGCUAUGGACCUUGGACCGAGCGUAGCAUACUUUGAUCGCUCUGGCAGUGUCGUCUUCACGGAAGAGGGAGCUCGGAUCAUUUGUUCCACAUUCCAGCAGAGGCUCGAUCCAACAGGGGGUAGUUGGAAGAGCUUAAGCGACGCGACUGUGGACUUUUACUGGAGAGAGUUUCAGAAACAUGCCACUUGGGACCCUCGCAUUGAUGAUAGCGUUAUGUUCCGUGUUUGGCGAUCGAAGGCUAGAAGACGAUACACCGACUGGCUCUCAUCUAUUAGGAAUGAGAAGAAAGGAACAGAGAAGGUGCAGCCACUUGUACCGCAAUCGUGGAAGGAGAAGUCACCAAAGUUCUUGGCAUCCACCAAGCAAAACAAGAAAAACCGGUGUGGCGGUGACGAGAAUGCCCCUGCUAGCGCCACGCACACCGGUGGUCCAUUGUCUUUUCGCGAGACUCAAACGCGCCUUGGUAAAAGUGGAAAGGCUUCUGACUUGGGAAAAAAGUGUAAAUUUGAAUUGAAACAACCCUUUUACAAAGAAAUUGGAGAAGAAAAAGAAAUUGACAAAUAUAGGGUUACCAAUUUGUUGAAGAAGAUGAACAAAUUGAAGAAUUGGAGCUUGAAGAAACCGCCACUAGUCGCCGGAGCUUCUGCCACCGCCGCCGUCGUCGAACGCCGGCGAGCCGUGGUCAACCGCCGUCUGCAUCUCCUUAGGUGGGUUGCGUCAAUAGCAGCGGCAAGAGCCGCUGCUCUGUUAUUUCUGUACGAUUCCCCCCACACCCUCUUUUGAGUUGAUGUUGCUCUAAUUUAUAGCAAGAAGGAGUAAUUUACUGUUGAAUUACUUCCCGUUGAGAAUUGAUUGUCGUUAAAUUGAAGGAGCCGAACGUUGGAGCGUGAAGAAAUUGGUCCUUCAAUCGCCGAAGAAGAAGUCGAAGUCGCUGACUAUUUCUUUCGUGCGUGAAACUGAAGAGGAGGAUGGAGUCUUGGGCCAAUUUUGUUGUUGAUGGGUUUGGGCUCCGGCCCAAUUUAAAUUGCUUCCUUUUAAACUUGAGCUCCAAUUUGAUCUUUUGCUACACUUUUCUCCAAAAAUAAGAUAUCUGAUAAUUUUGGGUUAGGAAAAAUAAAAUAAAAUGAAGACAAUAAUAAAAUGUUAAAAAAAAUGAUUAAAAAGCUACUAUUUUU